AUGGCAAAGCCCCGGCUCAUCAUUGUGGUGCGGCAUGCGCAGUCGGAAGGCAACAAGAACCGCGACCUGCACCAGACCGUGCCGGACCACCGGGUGCAGCUGACGAGCGAGGGCUGGCAGCAGGCGCUGGACGCCGGGCGACGGCUACGGGCGAUGCUACGGGCCGACGAUACGCUGCAGUUCUUCACAUCACCGUACCGGCGGACGCGCGAGACGACCGAGGGCAUCUUGAAGACGCUGACGUCAGACGAGCCGUCGCCGUCGCCGUUCAAGCGGAACAACAUCAAGGUGUACGAGGAACCGCGGCUGCGCGAGCAGGACUUUGGCAACUUCCAGCCGUGCAGCGCCGAGAUGGAGCGCAUGUGGCAGGAGCGUGCCGACUACGGCCACUUCUUCUACCGGAUUCCCAACGGCGAGAGCGCGGCCGACGCGUACGACCGCGUGUCCGGCUUCAACGAGAGCCUGUGGCGGCAGUUUGGCGAGGACGACUUUGCCAGCGUCUGCGUGCUGGUCACCCACGGGCUCAUGUCGCGUGUCUUCUUGAUGAAAUGGUACCACUUCAGCGUCGAGGAUUUUGAGGACCUGCGCAACAUCAACCACUGCGAGUUCCUCAUCAUGCGCAAGCAGGAGGACAGCGGCAAGUUUGCGCUCGAGACGAAGCUGCGCAAGUGGUCCGAGCUGCGGCGCGAGCGGGCUGCCGCCCUGAAGCAGAAGGAAGACGACGCCGUGCGCGAGGCAGCAGCAGCGCACGGCAGCAGCAGCAGCAGUCUGGCCAUCCGGGACAAGGACGGCCCCCAGCUGGACCGGACCACGCCGGCGUCGCAGUCGUCCACGUCCAUCCAGCCGGAGCGACGCUGGGGCGGCUGUCCGAACGGCUGCAACCACGACAAGAGCUUCAAGAUCCGUUCCGGUCUGGCCGACCUGAUCCAGCGCGACGGCACGGCCGUGUAUGCCGACGGCGGAGGCAGCAUCGCCGCGGCCGUUGUCGCGGGCACGAGCACGACCGCUGCAGCGGGAGAAACAGCAGCAGCAGCAGCAGCAGCAGCAGCAGCAACAACAACAAUAGCAGCGAGCAGUAGCCGAAAGUCGGCCACGGUGACGCCGACGCUGGCGGCGCGACGUUUCCAGGCCGUCGGCUACAGCGACGACGACAACGAGGACGAAGGCGCGGACGGCGAUGACGACGACGACGGCGACGACGACGACAACAACACGCGCGCCUCGUCACCCACACAGGUCGCCACGCCAGCCGUCCGCGUGAGCAUCGGCGGCAGCGCCGAGACCAAGACCGCCGGCACGGUACCGCCGCAGAUUGACGUGUCGCGGUCGCGCGAGGAGCCCGUGUCGUCGCCCGACGCAACGCCGUCCUUCAUCACGCCCGAGGCACGGCAGCGGUCGAUGCCGACGCCCAGCACGGCCAAGGCGCCGGCGCUGCUGCUCGACAAAAGCAGCAGCUGCAACAGCGGCAAGAUGUACCUGCACGUGGGCCGCGACUUUGGCGGCACCUACAGCGGCCACUCGAGCGAUGCGGACUCGUCGGCAGACGAUCAGGUGCACCGACGGACGACGACGACGACAACCAGCAGAGGAGGAGGAGGUGCUGAGGCUCACGACAAGAUUGGCAGUUCUGUCGGGACUGCUUCAGCUUCGGCUUCGGCUUCGGCUUCGACUUCGGCUUUGACUUCGGCUACUGCCAUGACUAAGAAUCCCGCUACCGCUCCUGCUGGACACAAAAAGACAAUGGCCAAUCGGCUGGGCGACGUGCCGCACUGCAGCGACUGCGAACACGGCCAUGCCGACGACGAGAAUCUCGGCUCGGACGAGAUGGACGUGGACGAUGAGCUGCUAGACGUCAGCCGCGAUGGCGACCUGGCCGAAGCCGAAAAGUUCGACCGCAGCCUGCUGGGGAGCGUGUACUGA